GUGCCCAGUGGUGCACGCGUUUAUGUGAAUCCGGUUACAUACAAUAAAUAAAAUACAGUUAAAUAAAAAGUUGAUAGAAUAUUAUUAAAUUGUGAUGUGGUGACGUUUAUUUUUAAAUUUCAGUACCUAUAUAGAGCAUCAGUAUAUUAAAAGAAAUGGCAGAAAAAGAAUCCUUAAAACUUGAGAAUGGAAAUGGAAUUGCAAGUGCUGCAGGCAGUACGGUGAAAUUAAAACGGGAAUUGGGAUUAUUUUCGGCAGUUAAUUUAAUAUUAGGAGUCAUGAUCGGUUCAGGAAUAUUUGUGUCUCCAGCAUCAGCAUUGAAAGAGUCAGGCUCAGUUGCAUUGUGCCUUAUCAUCUGGACGGUGUCCGGAAUUAUAUCCUUAUUAGGAGCUUUAUCAUUCGCAGAAUUAGGAACGGUAGUUAACAAAUCCGGUGCAGAGUAUGCAUAUUUUCAAGAAGCAUUUAGCAAAUUUCAUAAGUUUUGGGGACCUCUUCCAGCAUUUACUUGUGCUUGGAUUUAUGUUAUGAUUUUAAGACCUGCAGAAGUUGCAAUUAUUGUUAUGACAUUUGCUGCGUACGCAAUUCAACCAUUUUCAAUUGAUAUACCAGCUGAGAGUCGAGCUCAAGCCGUUAAACUAGCAUCCUUGUCAGCUUUAUUUAUAAUGACAUACAUCAACAUAACGAGCGUGAAGCUGUUCGUGAAGGUGCAAAAUGUGUUUGGAGUGUGUAAGGUGUUCGCAUGCCUUGUUGUCAUUGGAGGCGGGAUCUAUGAGAUAGCUAGAGGCAACACUGCCAACUUGGGCAAGGGUUUCGAAGGCAGCACGACCAACCCAGGAGGAAUAGCGCUCGCGCUGUACUCUGGUUUGUGGGCCUACGAUGGCUGGAACAGCGUCACGGUCGUCACGGAGGAAAUCAUCAACCCAGCUGUAAACGUCCCCCUCAGUAUUUCCAUAGCCGUUCCUCUAAUCACAGGCCUCUACGUGUUCAUGAAUGUAGCCUACAUGACGGUUCUAAACUUUGAAGACAUGACCAGUGUGCCCGCCGUGGCUGUGGAGUUUGGCAAUCGCGUGCUGGGCCCUGCCAGCUUUUUAAUACCGCUUGGAGUUGCUAUCGCUACGUUCGGAUGUGCUAUGAGCGUGCAAUUCGGUGUAACCAGGGUCUGUUAUACGGCAGCUAAAGGUGGACAUAUGUUAGAAGUAUUUUCGUAUGUAAAUAUGAAGAGGCUGACACCGGCUCCCGCGGUAGCCUUUCAGGCAUUGCUGACAGCAAUAUUUAUUAGCAUUGGCAACAUCCAAACACUCAUAGAGUUCGCCAGUUGGUUCCUUUGGUUUUUCUACGGGCUCGGAAUGGUAGCAUUGCUGGUUCUAAGAAGAACCCAGCCGGACAAAGAAAGGCCGUACAGAGUACCAACCGUAGUGCCUUGCUUCGUGUUGCUAGUGGCAAUAUUUUUGUCAGUGUUGCCAAUAGUUCACGACCCGUCUGUUAAAUAUUUAAUGGCUAUAGGCUUUAUAGUCAUUGGGUUUAUUGUUUACACAGUAUUUGUGUAUUAUAAGAAAACACCUAAAACUAUUUUAGAUAAGUUGACAUUCCUGACUCAAGUGAUGUUUGAGAGCGUUCCGCCGAACAGCCGCCAAGACUGAUAUUUUUUAUAUUUAUUUACACUAAGUAUAUACCUUUUGAGAUCGUUUUGUAAAUAUUUUAUGCAAGGAAUGUUAUACAAAAUAAAUUAGGGCACCAGCCCUAAUUUAUAGAUUUAGAUUCUAUAGAGAU